CCGGACGUUUUUUUCUUCAACUUCACCGUUUUGAAAAUUCGACUCCCGCGUCAAAUCAAAUGGGAGGAGAGAGAAAUCAAAAGCUACCAAAUCCAAGUCGAACAAAAAUACCUGUCGUCUUCCCUCGAUUUCGAAAAUCGUGGAAGAUGUCUUGGGCUCUUGAAGUUCAGAAUCGAAUCAAAAUGAAAAUGGCGUGGAAGACGAUGAUUGAGCUUCGUUCGUUCGUUAGCUCACUUCUUGGCAUUUGCUUCUAGUCGUUUCCGUUGCCUUUUCUCGUCAACACAUCUUCUCCGCCAUCGCGACCAUGACGCCUCAUUCUUCCCCACGCCUUUGUAGCUCUGGCUCUCCUUUGACGAAAACAAGCGCAACACCUUCGAAAUCACAUCACCCUCGGACGCGACGAACUCGCCGUGGCCAGGGAAACAAGAAGCAAAAGACAGAUCAAGAGAAUUUCGACCCGCGAAACAAACCAAACGGCAAUGGUAACAAGCAUUCUUGCAUCGCUGGCAAACCCGGGCUAAACAGCAGGGACGACGAGGGAUCCAUUGGGGCUGACUCUUUCAAGGACACCACCAAAGUCAACAAACAAUAUGUGGGCCGCUCGAUUGUGAGAUGGUGGGUGUGGGUCCUGGUGGUCCACGAGAAAGUCACAGAUUACCGGACCUUUGUCUCGGGCGUCAAGCACGGUGAUCUAACGGGUCCCAAUGCCAUGGAUUUUGGAGUUUGCAGAAAGAAGGUCAUCGAGCUGCUUCGCAACAAUGUGCUCGUUGGACAUGCAGUGCACAACGAUUUGAAUAUCAUGAAGAUCAUACAUCCCCUGGAGGACGUGCGUGACACGAGCAUGUAUGAGCCCUUCAUGGUAGUGGACCACUACACUGGUUAUCUCCGCCCACAAAAGUUAAAGAAUCUAUCGAAGGUCUACCUCGGCCGAACGAUCCAGGAAGAAGGCACUUGCCACGACAGUUGCAUCGAUGCCCAAACCGCCCUCGACCUCUACAAGUCAGUUCAGACUGAUUGGGAAAGCGCCGUUUCCCAAGCACAGACGCACUAUGCCGCAUUUGGUCCACCCUUUGGACGAUACCAAUACCAAGGAAGCUACAACUAA